AUGCAUGAGAAAAGACCAAUCAAAUUUGGUCAGUUAAGUCAGUCGGUCAGUCCGAUCGUUCCUCCAGGAAUGGAUAAUGAUUCAACAACAACAUCCAUUUCCUUGACGACAAAAGUGAGUCGAUGGCUCGGCAUUCGAGGCAGUCUUGAACGAAGAAUAGCUCGAUCUCGUCGUGACAAGAUAUCCUUGGAUAAUAUGAACAUUUCCGAUGAAGAUGUUCCCUUAAUCAUUCAACGAGCUCUACGAGAUAAAAAAUCUACUCGCCUCGACGUUGCCUUCAACAAAUUAACCGGAGAAGGGCGUCUUACUUCUCCUCAAGCAUCGAAAUCAGCUCAACCUCGACAAGGUUCCAUAUUACAUCAGACAGCAUCAGGAUCAGGUGAAGCUAGUCAAUAUGUAAUAACAACUGUACCAUCGACUAGUACAAGUGGAGAUCAAUCUCAAACUUCUGGUCAACCAGGAAGAGUCAUUAUUGCCACUGCUCAAGCAGCAACAUCGAAUACAUACACAAAUGGUAGUGGAUUUUCAAAUGGAGCACCAGUUCACUUUCAAUUUAAUACAAGUGAUGGAACAUUAUACACUGGAACAAAUUCAUUUUUUCAUCCACAACAAAAUCAAUUAGUAGCUGAUUCUAGUGCUUUGAUUAAACAACAGUGUUUUGUUUAUCAUGAUCUGGCUGGAAAUGAGUUAGAGUCAGAUAAUUAUGAAAAUCUUGAUUUGUCUCUAUCUCAGAAAAAAACGACGCCUAUUGGACCUCAAAUAUUUAGAUUACAAUCCACAAGCUCCGGUGAUGGAUACAGUGAUCAUAUUUUAUCAUGUGAAAAUGGAAAUGGUGCAUUUACUUUUCGUCAAGAUGGAAACUCAGCCCAAACUUUAGCUUAUACGACAAGAGCAUCACCUGCUACAGUUCAAUGGUUAGUGGAUAAUUUUGAACCAGCUGAAGAGUGUUCAUUGAGAAGAUCAAUAUUGUACUCAUUUUAUUUACAACAUUGUCAAGAACAAAAAUUGGAACAAGUCAAUCCAGCAUCAUUUGGAAAGUUGAUACGAUCCGUUUUUUUAGGUUUAAGAACACGAAGAUUAGGGACUAGUCUUAACGAAUAUACGGAUAAAAAUGGUGGAUUAACAUUUAAAGGACAACAUCAUUUUGGAAGCACAAAUACAAAAAAACGUGGAGUAUUAUCUCAGUCAAAUGCACAUGGUAAUAGCUCAUCAUCAUCAUCACCUACACAUUGUGGUGGACUACAAGAUCAAUCGUAUUCAUCUGAAUCUGAUACAAAAUUAAAUUUACAACGACCACAGUUUAUUCAAGAUACGAGUAAAAACUAUUUGACGUCGUUACAAAUUUUCAAUUUACAUCUGUUGAACAAAUCUGUUGAACAAAGUUUUUGGAAAUCAACACAAAGUUAUCAACACGAUAGUAGUGAUCAGUCAUUAACAACAUAUCAACUUUUAAGCGCAUGUUCAUUGACAUUAGUUCAAGAUUUUAUUCGUCAAUGUGAUUAUACAUUUUAUCAACAAUUAAUUGAGCGACUUAUACCAGAUAUACUUAGUCCAAUGCCUGGUCCAAUAACUCAAUCUAUUCGCACAUUUGGCAAAUCGUUGAAUUUAUCAUUGAAAUUAGUUAUCUCUCAUAUGCCUGAAAGAUUAAAAACGAUUAAAUUAUCAAUUGUCAAUUCAUUCUCAAUGACUCUUCGUCGAUAUACAUCAUUGAAUCAUUUGGCUCAAGUAGCCAAAGCUGUCUUACAAAACUCACAACAAGUUCAACAAAUGUUACAAGAUUUAAAUAAAGUCGAUUUUAAACAUAUACAAGUACGGGCUAAUUGA